UUAAUUUCUCUCUCCACCCAGCCCAGAGAGACCAGCAAUGGCGGCGCCCAAGAGCCCAGGGAUCUCGACGAUCUCGACCUGCACCCCGGAGAAGGCGCGGGGCGACCACGUGUUCAAGAUCGAAGGCUACAGCCUGUGGAAGGGCCUCGGCGUCGGCAAGGUCAUCCAGUCCGCCCCCUUCGCCGUCGGCGGCUACGACUGGCGCCUCAGCUACUACCCAGACGGCUACACGGAGGGCAGCAAGGACCACGUCGCCGUCUUCCUCGAGCUCCUGAGCAAGGACGCGGAGGUGAGGGCGAGCCAGAUCGAAGGGUCGGCGUACUUGUACAUCCCCGACGACAUCCUUCUCAUUAAGUGUGACAUCACCGUUAUCAAGUUGAAGGAGGCACAGAUGCGGAAGAUCGACAUGAGCUUUAAUAUCGAAGUGCCGCCUUCAGACUUGUUGCACAAUCUUAGAAGUUUGAUGGAUGCGAGGGAGGAAUCGGAUGUGUCUUUCAAGGUCAAAGAUGAGGUAUUCACUGCCCAUAAGGUCGUCCUCGCAAUGCGAUCGCCGGUAUUCAAGGCGGAGCUCUACGGGCCGAUGAGGGAUAAGUGUGGGCAGGGGCAGAGCAUAACCAUUAAAGACAUGGAGCCCGCUGUUUUCAAAGCACUGCUCCACUUCAUCUAUACAGAUGAGUUGCCUCCCUUGGACGACCUUCAUGAUGAUGAUGAAGAAAUGGUCAGGCAUUUGCUCGUGGCUGCGGAUAGGUAUGUCAUGGAAAGGAUGAAGUUGAUGUAUGAGAGAAAACUUUCUGAGUUUCUUGAUGCCAAGACUGUGGCGGACACGUUAGCUCUUGCAGACCAGCAUCAUUGCAGCAAGCUCAAAGAGGCUUGCAUUGGAUUUAUCAACUCUUUGGAUAGAAUAGAUGAUGUGAUGGACAGUGUAGGGUAUGAGCACCUGAAAAAAGCAUGCCCUACUAUCUUUAUUGAUAUAUGGGAGAAAGCUGCCAAGCGCAAAGUAUAG